GAAGAUGGAGAAGAUGAACUGUGAACAAAAUGGCAGAGGAGGUUUUGAGGCAAAUUGAAAGGCAAUGUUAUGCCAUUGAAAGAGCGUACCACAGUGGCUUUUGUGGUCAACGACAUCUACAUGCCAUAGAGGCAUGUCUCAGAAAUCUUUCAAGAGUUGCCAGGCUGUUAAGAACAGAGACAGCUAAUGAACUUAAAGACUCGCUCAUCGACCUAAAGAGGAAUUUGCUGGCGCAAACUGUAGAUCAAGACCAGGCCUACUCUGCUGGGCGUGUAUACUCAGGUACAUGUGGAAGACCUUCCAUUAAUGUUUCAAAGCAGCAAAUAGAGUUUCUAAUGAAACAAGGACACACCGUUAAGCAGAUGGCCAAGAUUCUGGGUUGCUCGUCUUCAUUUAUUUAUAGGAAAACUAAACUGUUCGGAAUUCCUAUACGAAAACUGCAAACACAAAUGACCGAGGAAGAACUUACACAGCAUGUGAGAAUACUUCACAGUCUCUAUCCCAACACAGGAAGUGAGAUCAUGAGAGGACUGCUACGUGCAGAAGGGCUGUUUGUCCAGCGACGUAGGGUCCGAGAAGCUCUUACCCAAAUCGAUCCAACUGCAGCUGCACGCAGAUGGAGUAGUGCCAUCGCCAGGAGAGUCUACCAUGUUCCUCAUCCAAACAGUUUAUGGCACAUAGACGGAAAUAUGCGUUUGAUUAGUCUAGAGGAUUCUGAGGUCCUUGAUCCAGAUGAUGACAUCCACAAGAUGUCCCUGCAAAUCGUUUUCCUGCCAGAGAUACAAAAGAGAUUGGAUCUAUUUAGGAAUGGAUGGAAUCACCACAAAAUGAGAACAGAAAACAACAAAACACCUGUCCAAAUCUGGACUGCAGGAAUGCUUUCCAACAUGGAGGCAAACUGCAGAGCCAUCAGCAAUGUUUUUGGUGAAGAUCCGUACAGCACACACACUCUAGAAGAGCUUUUGGCACAACAUGGCAUAGACAACUUCCCUGUGACUGAUGACGAAGAAGAUCAUUUUCCAGCUGUAGUUGUGGAACAACCCAGAAUCCAUCUGAGCCAUCAGCAGCAGCAAAACAUUUUGCAGACAAUUGAGACCAUCUCAGAUGCUAACAAUAAGUAUCAGACAUGUUGCAGAGAAAUUGCAAACAUAUUACAAGAUGGCUGAUACACAUCAUUUUGGUACAGUGUGUUUGUUCUUGCUACACGCCCUCAAGAGUUCAUGUUAAGCCCAAACUUUUCCUUAAUGUCAUACUUAGAACUUCUUGUAGUAUAUAAGCUGACAGGCAAACAUGCAUUCAUUUGUAGUUUAAACAUCACCUUCCACAUUGCUUCAGAAAAAGGUUGAUGUAUUCUGGCGUGCUAAUCAUCUCAAAGGAAUUAUGUAAGAUUUUCCUAAUAAAAUAUCCAAAAUGUGCA